AUUGUUAUCUCUACUUAGUGGUAUUUAGGGAUGGAUUGUAGAGACAUUAAUUCGUAAGGCUGUCUUAUUUAAUAGAUUGUUUGUGAAAGCAGUCUAGUAAUCCGACCUGAUCUUUUCUGCCAACGUUACCAAAUCUUUCUCUACGAUCUGAAAGGAAACUUUUCCCUGACAACAUAUAUCAGAGAAAAUCUCUUUGUUGAGGUAAAUCAAAAGCAACUAACAUUUUCCGAUCGUAUUUUUUAUUUAUCUAUGACACAACUUUAUGUGAAACACACCAAAGAAACGGUAUUUUUUGUUUUAUUUUCAAAUUGCAAAGUUGAUCGUUUGAACGAAAAUUUUGUCGAAAAAAUUAUUUUUGUGCGUUGUGAGCUCCUACGCAGUGACACCAUUAUUUACUUGUUAGUUGUAUAGUAAUUUCAAUCUUUAGAUGUAUAAAAGAGGAAGGACCUUUAAACACAUUCAAAGCAUUGUUCAAUAUGAAUAAAUUCCUUCAAGCUCUCCUUGUGCGCAUUUAUCUCUGCAGCUAUUUUGUUUUUAUUGUGUAUUUUUAUUCUCCAAGGAGGAGUGACGGCUUUGUAGGAGCGUGUAUAAAACAUGUACCAACACAGUCGUUGUAAAAUGUCCAUUUUAGUUUUGUGCGCAUACGUUAUGAAGAUAGUUCGUACCGGCGUAUUGAUCAGUUUGGUGCUUCAAGUGGAGGCUGUAUUCAACAAUUUUGUACAAUUGAAAUGUCCCGCAGAUUGUUCAAGAAUGUUGUGUGGCAAAUUAAAAAUCUUAAAAUCGCUCUGUCGUGCUGCUGGUACAGUGUACGAUACAUGCGGCUGUUGUCAAGUAUGCGCCAAAGCGGCUGACGAAAACUGUGGCGGCCAAGAAGGAAUUUAUGGUAAAUGUGGCCGUGGACUUUACUGUUUUCUACCAAAUCACAGAAUUCAAGAUAUGGGACGUUGUCGGCCUAUUCCGAAGCGGCCACCAUCACAAAGCUUUACUCUACAAAUCGAAAAUUCUGUGGAAGUCAAGUGUAAACCUCGUUGUUCUCAAGACUUUUGUUCAAAAUGGCCUGAUGCUGUUUGCUCGGCAACGGAUAAUGUGGUGAUCCGAAGAACAUGUCAGCAACCCUGUCAGCACACAGUGUGUCAAGCAUGUUAUUUUAAAACAAAACGUGAACCACCUUGUCCUAAAUGUGCCACCGAUGACUUUGGGUGUAUGAAAAGGUUUUCUAAAUGUGUACGCAAAGAUGCUUGCACACGGCACAAGUACCCGUGUGAACCCCAUCAGAAGAGGAAAAGUGAUGGUAGAUUCGUGUGUAAAGUACCAGCUUGUUUGACAUAAAGUUCGCGAGAAGAUAUUAGUAAAUUAGAAGAAGUAUUUAUUUUAUUUAACUAAGUUAUUUUAGCUAUGUAAUUACAAAUAUAUAUUAACAAUAGCGAUUA